AUGUUACCCACCUCGCUCGUAUUCGCUGCAGUUUCUGGACUCGUGCUGGGAUCGCCGUUCUCACGCAGCCUGCAGGUGCAUGAGAGCAGAUCUAGUAUUCCCAGCGGGUACUCCUUGAGUGGGCCUGCGCCUGCUAACUCUGUCUUGAAGUUGCGCAUCGCACUCGUUCAAAAUGAUCUUGAUGGACUUGUGAAUGUGCUGCAGGAGGUCAGCGAUCCGACGAACGCGAACUAUGGCAACCAUCUUUCCAAAUCGGAGGUAGAGACCUAUGUUUCGCCCACGUCCGACAGUGUCUCUGCCGUGAAUACAUGGCUCAGUGAGAACGGACUCACUCCAUCUGUCCUCUCUCCGGCCGGGGACUGGCUUGGUGUUGAGGUCACAGUCAAUCAAGCCAACAGCCUUUUUGGCGCCGACUAUUCUAUCUUUGAGCACUCGGUUACCGGACUGCAAACUGUCCGCACGCUUUCGUAUUCGGUCCCGAACGACCUUGCGGAAUAUAUCAACCUUGUGCACCCCACAAUAUCGUUUCCAAAUCCGUACGGAAAUGCGCCAAAUCUUUUCGCAUCAAAGUCAAGACGUUCGACGCCGUCCGCUGAGAGAAGAUCCAGCGCCGAGACUGCGGCUUCCCCUUGUGGGACAGGCACACCAGGCAUUACGCCUGCGUGCUUGCAAUACCUAUAUGGGAUUCCUAGCGCACCAGCCACUAGUCCCUACUCUAGCCUUGCGGUCACUGAGUAUGAAUAUGAAUGGGCAAGCUACGCUGAUCUAGAGACAUUCUUGCAGGACUACCGGCCGGAUAUGAAUCCAUCCACCACCUUUACCGUGCAGAGCGUGGAUAACGGAACCGAUUCUCAAAGUCCCGGUGAUGCUGGUUUGGAGGCGCUUAUGAGAGAGCAGAACCUUGACAUACAAUACACUGUGGGCCUUGCCACAGAUAUCCCUGUUACUAUGGUGACUGUUGGUGGUGAUGAUUUUCUGCAAAGCUUGCUCGACACGGCUCUAUUCUUGCUGAACGAGCCGAAUCCUCCGCAAGUAGUCUCCACCAGCUAUGGGGAUGACGAGUAUUUGGUCUCAGAAAAAAUGGCGAACACUAUAUGCAACACGUACGCCCAACUUGGAGCACGAGGCGUUUCUUUAAUAUUCUCGUCUGGAGACGGCGGUGUUUCCGGCAAUCACUUCUCAGAAUGCACUACGUUCAUCCCGACAUUUCCUUCAACUUGUCCUUAUAUCACGACUGUCGGUGCCACUACGAUCGUUGACGACGAGACAGCAGUCGAUUUCUCUGGGGGCGGAUUCUCGAACUACUUUCCUAGGCCCUAUUACCAAGAUGGCGCCGUGGCCGAAUACCUGAUUUUCCUCGGGGAUAACAACACGGGAUUAUAUAACGCUUCCGGACGCGGGUACCCUGACGUCGCUGCAUACGGCGUGAAUUUUGAUAUCGUAAUUGAUACUUACACGGCCGAAGUUAGUGGCACAAGCUGCUCGGCCCCGACUUUCGCAAGUAUUAUCGCGCUUCUCAAUGAUCAGCUGCUUGCUGCCCAUCGGCCGGUGCUGGGAUUCCUGAAUCCACUGCUGUAUGCAUCGGGGAACGAAGCAUUCAAAGAUAUCACGACCGGAAACAACAGAGCAUGCACGAACAACACUGGAUUCGACGCUACAAUUGGUUGGGAUCCGGUAACUGGGCUUGGUACACCUAAAUUCUCUGGUUUGCAAUUGGCCAAUGGGCUGUAA